AUGGAGUGGGAGCCCCUAUCCCUGCUGCUGUGGCUGGGCCUCUGCAUCUCAGGGCUUGAACCCCAAGAGUACAAUGCUGUGGAGACCAGAAAGGAAGGACAGACCCUCUCUGUCCAGUGUCCCUAUAACCAAGAGCAAUACAGAGAACAACUGAAAGGCUGGCGCCAGCUAAGAGGUCGAACAUAUUAUCUUUUAGUCAGAACCCAAUACACCACUCAAGGACAUUAUCAAAAGAAGGUCACUGUUAAAACAACCACGAUACAGGAUGACACCGACAAGGGGGUUGUAAACAUCACCAUGAAGAUGCUCCGGAUGCAGGACACAGGAGUGUACUCCUGCACACUAUUUUUCCAUAAUGCAUGGUACCCUCUAAAGACCAUUCAACUGACGGUUUCUAAGCGUUUAACUACAGAAAACAUCUUAACAACUCUAUACACGGCUUCUGCCCUCAACUUCUCCACGCUCGAUGCCAGGUACAACGGGGAACCACAGAGCAACUGCCAGGUCUCCUUCGGCGUCAGCUCACUCCUCCUCUCCUUCUUUCCAAUCCAGCUCAUGGCUUGUCCUCCUGCUUGGGUUCCUGACCAGCAAGACCCUGAUGGCCGUGACAAUAGCUCUUCUCGUGAGAAGACGACGGCGCAGAGGGGAGGCACCCGAACAAGACUUCAAGCCCAAGAGUACGACGCUGUGGAGAGCAGAGAGGAGGGAGAGACCCUCUCUGUCCAGUGUCCCUAUGACCAACAGCAAUACAGGGAAGCACUGAAAGCCUGGUACCAGCUAAGAGGUGGAACGUAUUAUCAUUUAGUCAGUACCCAAUACACCUCUCUGGGAGGUUAUCAGAGGGAAGCCAGCCUUGAAAGAACCAUGAUACAGGACGACAACAGCAAGGGAACUGUAACCAUCACCAUAAAGAGGCUCCAGCUGCAGGACGCAGGAGUCUACAUGUGUGGAUGCUUUGGCCAUAAUCAUACAGUUCAUAUUCUAAAGAUAAUUAAAUUGAAGGUUUCCCAGCGAGUCCAAGAACACAAAGCUGUCGAGGGGCAGAAUGUGUCCGUCCAGUGUCUGUACAGCAUGCAGAACUACAGCAGAGAGAGGAAAGCCUGGUGCCGAUACACAGGCAAGAAUAAGUGCGAUGUCCUUGUUAGCACGUAUUUCAGCUAUGGGAGAUAUCAAAAUCAAGGCCAGGUUGAAAGAACCACAAUACACGACAACACUCAAAACGGGACUGUGACCAUCACCGUGGAGAAGCUACAAGCUGAUGAUUCUGGUGUCUACUGGUGUGCACUUUAUGACCCUCCUCACCUUUACCGACUAUUUGAAGUUCAAUUGGCUGUGUCCAAGGGUUUAACUACGGAAAACAUCCCAACUACUCCAUACACUGGUCCUGCCUUGAAAUCCUCCACACCUGACUCCAGGAACAACAGGGAGCCACAGAAAAACAGUGAGGUCUCCUUCGGCAUCAGCUCAUGGCCUGUCCUCCUGCUUGGGCUCCUGACCACCAAGACCCUGAUGGCCGUGACAAUAGCUCUUCUCGUGAGAAGACGACUGCGCAGAGGAGAGGAACUCAGGGUGGCAUCCUCCAUGAGGCAAUGGCAUAAAGAGAACCAGAACUCCAACCCACUUUCCAUUCUGCGCUGCAGAGAUGAGGCUCUUCUGUGCUUAAAGGCAGGCAUGGAGUGGAGACCUGCUGCUGUGGUCCUGCUGCUGUGGCUGGGCCUCUGCAUCCCAGGACUCGAACCCCAAGAGUACGACGCUGUGGAGACCAGAAAGGAAGGACAGACCCUCUCUGUCCAGUGUCCCUAUAACCAACAGCAAUACAGAAAACUACUGAAAGGCUGGUACCAGCUAAGAGGUAGAAUACAUUAUCUUUUAGUCAGAACCCAAUACACCACUCAAGGAGAUUAUCAAAAGGUCACUGUUGGAAGAACCACAAUACAGGAUGACACCGACAAGGGGGUUGUAAACAUCACCAUGAAGAUGCUCCAGAUGCAGGAUGCAGGAAUGUACACGUGCACACUAUUUUUCCCUAAUGAAGUUUACCCUCUAAAGACCAUUCGAUUGUGGGUUUAUCAGCGUGUCCAGGAACACAAAGCUGUGGAGGGGCAGAAUCUCACUGUCCGGUGUCCAUACAGCGCACGGGACUACAGCGGAAACGGGAAAGCCUGGUGCCGAUACACAGACAAGGGAAAGUGCGAUGUUUUGGUCAGCACGUACGCCAGCCGUGUGAGCUAUCGAUAUCAAGGCCAGGCUAAAAGAACCACAAUACUCGACAACACUCAAGACGGGACUGUGGCCAUCACCAUGGAGAAGCUACAAGCGGAUGAUUCUGGUGUCUACUGGUGCGCACUUUAUGACCCUCCUCACCUUUACCCGCUAGUUGAAGUUCAAUUGGCUGUUUCCAAGGCUCCAGCUACAAGCACAAGUCACACAACACCCAUCAUCACUACUAGCCCAGGAGCCAGCACACCAAGCAGCAGGCUUCCCUUAGGUGAUACCCCCUUCGUCAUCUUCGGUGUGGUCCUGGGAGUCCUCCUUGCCCUGGCACUUAUCAGCUCAAUAAUACUGUACAUCAGGCAGCGGAAGAAGAGAGGAAAAGGUGGUGAACAAGCUGAAGGCAUCUAUGACAAACCUGGGAAUCCCACAGUGCUGCAGGAUGUUGGCAAAACAGAAGAUCCCAAGGAUGACAAAGAGGGGACAUCCCAAGACCUAAAAUAUGCUAUCUUGAACUUUAAAUCCCAAACCAGCCCAAAUGAAUCCAUCUACGCCAACGUUGAGCCAAGUCAAGCUCCAAUUACACACAACAAUUUUCCUACUGAGCCUGUGGAAUAUGCCAUCAUUGCAUUAAAGCCAUUACCAUCAGCUUCAAAAGAAUGAGCGCGCCCUGAAUUACCCAUUCUUCCCAGGGUAUAAAAAACUGAACUGGACUAAUGCUGGAGAUGGAUUGCAUCUGUGUAACUGCACACAGGGAACAGAGUUAAGUCGUUGCUAUAAUUCAGGGGCGGUCAGUUAUUUUGGGCAGAGGGACACUUACUGGAGUUUUGGCAAGCCAUCGAGGGCCGCAUGACAGGCAGCCCAGGGCAGAUAAAUAUUAAUUUUCUAAAAUUUUAGGGGCCCUGCAGGCCAGAUAGAAUGGCCUGGCAGGCCACAUCCAGCCCCCAGACUCCAUUUUGCCCACCCCUGCUAUAAUUGAAUAUAUGCAUUCAAAACCUGCCUCAUGUCGGAGGCCUGCUAGGAAUUUCAUCGGAAGUAGUUGUGCGGUGGCUCUUGGAGUGGCAGCUGGAGAAAGAUGGACUUUUUUUUUCCCCCCAAUUAAUUUAAUAGCAAUUCUACAGCCAUGGAUGGGACAGAUUUUUCAAAACAUGCCCCGCUUUAGCUGGUGGGAGCCCAGUUUCACUGCAAAUAGAAAUCUUGAUAUGGUGUCUGGCUUUGAAGAAAAUGAAGGAAAUACCUGAGGAGUCAUCUAGAAGACCUAUGGCUGGGCAAUUAUUUUUGCAAGCUUCCAAGCCCACUAAAGCAUCAUGUGGCUGAGACUCAGAGUCAAAUGCUAUUGGAUUCAUCUUCUACUUGGAGAGUGGGAAAAAAUGAGCAGUUAGCAACAUGCAGAUAGACUGAUGGUGGGUACAACAUGUCUUGCUGAACAUAACCUGCAAUAAAUAGCUUGAGCACGUUUUGCAGAGGUGCUGUGCUAUACU